UACACGCGAGCUUACACGACGUGACACUAGUCUGUUGACUGUUCGCGGGUUUACUGUCACAAUGCAAUCUCUGGGUGCUUAUAGCUUUUAUAUAGGUAUAGGGCGAUAAUUAAUUGUCAAAUUAUGUGUAUCUAAUAAAUAAUAAUAUAUCACACUAAAAUACAUAGUUACACAGUUACGAUCAUAUUUAAUUUAUAAUUUACUGUUGCUAGCCGAAAUAAAAAUAUGAACACCGUCUUUGCUAUGUAAACGUUGCGUCGUAGAGACACUUUGUUUAUUAUCCGACAGUAUUGAGAAAGAAGAAUUAAAAAUCUUAUGAGUGCCGUCUGUGGUUGAAACUUUAUCCUUGGGAACAAACCGUGUCUUUUAUUAUGGCUGACAAACAGACUAAGAAGCAAUCGACGGCAAAUAAGUUGCAACAAAAAAAACGACGCGUGACGCAGAAAAAUCGCGAAGACGUAUCAGAUGAUCUUACCGACGCUUUGGCUGGUGUUAGCGGUCAAGUAGAAAUGAGACGUGGUCGCCGAUCCAGGAGGCGUAGGUCAAGAAGGAGCCGUCGCCGUCGGGGCAGGAGACGUAGUGUAAGCGGUACCGAAGAAGACGACGAAAGAGACGACUACGACACGGCUACAGACACCGAAGAAGACGAUGAUGACUCGUCAACGGUGGACGCGUCUUCCCGGAGGAGGUCGAGAAGGCGGCGGAGAGGCAGUCGGCGACGUCGCCGACCAUAUCAGCCCAGUGGUAGCGACGACGAUGACAACACCGACGCAGAGGCCACUGAUACAGAGACCACAGAAGACGCUUUGUCGACCAGCGGUGGUGGUGGUAUCUUCACGACGGCAGCCGCCGGGUGCGGGAAUCCUUAUGGCAAACGUCGCAUGAGGAGGAGGAGGAAGAGGAGGAGUAAGUGCGCGGCUAGACGUCCGAGAAGACGGUCGACGGGGUGCAAGAAGCGGAGGAGAAGAAGGAGAAGGAGAAGUAGUGGUAGUGGCUGUGUCACCGGCCUUAACAGAGGUGAGCGGAACAGUAGUCCACAGAUACACAACGACGCAUAGCACCAAACCGGACACAGCCGAUGGAACAGUGAGAUGCCUAUACAUCGAGCUUGGCGUUCCGUCCGUUCUCCGCCUAAAUCUCACCUUUUCACCGAUUUGCAUUUGUUGACAAUACUUGUUUAAUCGUAAAUAAAUAUCCAAAUUUAUAAAAAUAAAA